CUCCAACGUCUACGACGUCGCUCCAUCUCGAUCCGCCCCUCGUUGCACUCCAGAAGCACCGCGAUCUCGUCAACACAUCCAUAAUGUCGUCCGACUCCCCUACGGAUCUUUGCCCCGUGUAUGCCCCGUUCUUUGGAGCGAUGGGCUGCGCGUCCGCGAUCAUCUUCACCUGCUUCGGCGCAGCCUACGGCACGGCUAAGGCGGGCGUCGGUGUCAGCGCCAUGGGUGUCCUACGUCCAGAUCUCAUCGUCAAGAACAUCAUUCCCGUUGUCAUGGCUGGUAUCAUUGGUAUCUACGGUCUCGUCGUGUCAGUCCUGAUCAGCAACGACCUCAAGCAGGGCAGCUCGCUUUUCACCAACUUCAUUCAGCUUGGUGCUGGUCUCUCCGUCGGUCUUGCCGGUAUGGCAGCUGGAUUCGCUAUCGGGAUUGUUGGAGACGCUGGUGUGCGAGGAACUGCCCAGCAGCCCCGGUUGUUUGUUGGCAUGAUCCUGAUUCUUAUUUUCGCUGAAGUCUUGGGUCUUUACGGUCUCAUCGUUGCCCUGCUGAUGAACUCUCGCGGCGCCGAUAGCCACUGCUAAACAUGCGGGAACAUUACGCAUGAUCGCAGCGCACGUCAAUACUGCUGCAAUCGACCACAUCGGUAUCGAAUCAUUUGGACACGUUUUUGGCACGACCACUUGCACUUACGUGGCGUUGAUGUACGCCAUGUUGUAUGUCUAAAUCUGUGUAUUUCUUCGGGUGUCCAAAGCAAUGGAUACUGGAGGUAGGUUGGGGACGAGAGGGAAGAAGUGGGGCUUCGUAUGUUAGAUAAUGGCAUCGAUGGGUGGUAAAUGCGAUCCAUUGGGGUGGCGUGUAUUCUAGGAUCUUUCAGUCAUCUGUCUACUUUGCGCUAAGAAACGGAAUGCAUUAGUCCUUCAGAAUACAUAAGGUGGUUAGAACCGGCUACAAGGAGUCGAUAACAUCACCUAGGCACCUCUAGCGUAACCUGUUAUUCGUGCCAUUGCAUAAGAUCGAC